AUGACACUGGAUAUCCCCCCGCGGAUGUCAAGUGUUCCCAAGCAGCAGCAAUACCACCACCACCACCAGCGUCAGUACCGGCAGGACACCCCCCAGGGGAUCAUCGAACGAGCCUUUGACGCCUACGGUGCUACGUCGAGUCCCGACCUGGCCCUCUGGAGGGAGCACAAGGGAGGCGUACGGGAGACGGAGAUAGAGACGACGCCGCGAGCGGAGAGCUGUGCGUCAGAUCUCACCGGGGGCUACAGCAUAAACCGGACAGGCCGCCUGGACGAGGAGGUACCUGAUAUAGAGCAGCAGCCGGUCAAGGAGCACAAAGUACGGCCACGUCUUUCGUCUCCCUUUCUUCGGCACGUCACAAAAAAGACACCGUCGAGUUCGAAACAAGACACUCUGCGGCCUUCCGAUUCCUCUUCAACCUCCCAGUCAUUCAAUCAGUCCCAGAAUACAUCUACCAUCCGACCAUACCACACAAACGGAACCUCCUCCCAGGACCUUGCCCUCAGGGACUACCGCGCCGGUUCCAGUCAAUCUACUACCGACUUCUCGACAGAUAACAGUCCUGGGGCAGCUUCUUCACGCAGCGCAAGGCGCCUGCUCCUUGCCCUCCAUCCCCUUGACCGGGCAGCUACUCCUCCUUCCAUCAUGUCCAAUGAGUCGGAUAUAUCUCUCUACAAGACUCACAAGUUUGAACGGGCUCAACGGGCGCUCGACCGGCUGACAGCCAGAUCCCCCAACUCAAGGAAACCGGACGUGAUGCAGUCAGAGUACCGGCAGAACGAUGGGCUAAUGCCUGUCCAGCCGCCUCUGGACCGAUACCAAUCCACUACAUCCCUCCAGGAUCCCUUCGAUCAUCAGAAGGACCAGGUCAGUCAACAACAGCAACAACAACAACGUCAGGAGAAUGCCAAACUAGGAGAAGACACAGGAGAACGCCUCACAGACCGCAAAUAUGAAGGUAACUGGAGGCAUUUCAGCUAUAAACAAAAGAAACUUAACUCGGCGUGGUUUGAUGGAAUCGAAAGUCACCUAAUGCACGAUGAUAUGGAAGACAUUCGACCGGGAGAUCAGGUCGAAGUCAUGUAUGGACAGCUAAUAUCAAGAGAUCCUGCACCCUCCACCAGAGAACGACGUUCAAUGAGCUUGCCUUCUCGGCAGCCUAGCGUUCAGUCCGGAAAACCUGGCCAGAGCCGUCUUGCAGUAACAAACGGGUCAACGCAGAAGCCCAAGACCUCGGCAGGCUCCGUGAAAUCAGCUUCAAUGGCUUACUCAAAUACCCAUAGCCACCCUCAAAACACCGAAACCACCUCUCGGACAACUGGGAAAUCAGAUAAGGAGAAACCAAGAAUAAGGAAAAAGAGUAGCCGUGCUAUCUUGAAUGCCUCAAACCUGAACGAGUCGAGUGUGCUCUGCCUUUCCUCGUCCGAGGACGAGAGUGAGGACGAGUCGUCCGACCAUACUACUGGGCUAAGGGACAGUAUCACGACGAUCGACGAAGGCUUCCAGAUAUGCACUGCGAAAGCUGUGACUGCUACUAGUCGGCCAUCAGUCAAACGAGUUCGUUCAAGUAAUAAGGCCGUCUAG